CGACGGAGACACCCUCGCUAGUAGUUGCGACUCGCCGAUGCCAUGAGCAACUGGAUCGAGCAGUACUCUGCUGCUCUCGACGCCCGCGAUGCUCGUGAACAGAUGCACAAACCGUACAUAGACGCCUACACCAAGCUCGCCGACCGCACUGCAGCCGCCGCCGCCGCCGCUGCAAAAGUGCCUUCCAGCUCGACACCCGCUCUCCCAGACCGUACUGCAACACCACCGAAAUCCCAACCUCGUAGCUCCACCAAAGGCCCUCUUCCAGAUUCCCAAGCAGCAACCGACCUUGUGGCCACUCUGAGAACAGACCUUGCCAAUACUCAGCGCGCGCGCGCAUCUCUACAACUGCAAGUUUCCGAGCUCACCGCAUCUCUCCAUCAGCUACAGACCACACACAAGGAAUCCAGCGCGCAAAUCAAUCUUUUAACGAAGCAGAAGGCCGAGAGUGAGCGGAAACUCAGGGAUCGGGAGGAGGAGAUACGAGGUAAGGCGAAGUUGGUGGAACAGGCGCAGGAUGAAAUGGUCAGUCUGCAAUUGCAGUUGUUCAAGGCUGAGGAGAAGCGCGACGAGUUGAAGGAGGAGAACAAGGAGUUGGUUGAGAGAUGGAUGAGGAGAGUAGGGGAGGAGGUCGACAGGGUCAAUCGGGACACCGGGUGGGAGUGAGGACGUUCUGGAGGAUGGUUGAGGCGAGUGGAGAUGGUGUCGAGGCGAACACUCGGUGAGACCAGGUGAGCAUGUUGAUGACAGUGGUUACCCUAUGAUGAAAGCCUACAUCUUUUGCCACAUUCAUGGACAUUCCCUCAUGAGAGUGGGAUAGCCACGACCAACAGCGAGCAUGCGCUCUCAGGCGAUGAGGGUGUCGACACAUGGCUCCGUCCAAGCCACCGUGAUCACAGACGCGGCGUCGAGCCGCCGGAUUGGAGAGGCUUGCACCAUGAUCGGUCGACAUGACCAGUCACGCAUGGCUUCGUAGUCAGUAAUCCGAGGUCCGUUUGCCUGAUCCAACAUGACGGCUUCUCGAUGAUAUCUGUCUUCAUACUUAUAAAGACUUGGUAAGCCUAUGCUUCAUACUAGAAGCUACAACGCCGCGGCUCCACACGAUUCCAGCUGUUAUUUGAGGACUCACGACUUGCAAUUGCACCGUUCCACAUGACACUCAUUCGCUCCGCUCUGGUCAUACCAUGGGUCAAGUACAAGUUUGCUGUGAUGGCUCUGCUACUCACCACGCUACCGAUGCCCACGCAAGCUGUUGUACCUGUCAAAAUAGGCACUCCUGCGCAGAAUGAUAACCUCACUUCACCGGCAGGUAGUUACGACUACACACCAACACUACAACUGGAGCCUCGGGUGCCUCCGACGAGCUAUAAAAGCGCCGUCAAAAAGGGCAGAGAAAUGUGGGCCAUGAUCGAAGAUCCUCUCAAGACCAAGCAAUCAACAUGGGCUGCCACAGAUAUGUCCAAGUGGGGCUGGAGCGUCAAGUUCGACAAGAAUAUUGAAGUGUUCAAGGACAAGACUUCAGGUCUUGAAGCCGCGCUUGCUGCGUUACAAGUCUCACCAGAGACCAGCUCGACCAUUCGACUCGAGCACAACAAAGAUGUGACCAUUAACGGUGUUGAAUACCCGGCUACCAAUGCCGAAUACUGCGGCAUCUACAAUCCCGCCAAAGGAGUCAUCAUCGCCUCUGAUCGACACAGUCCCAACUAUCGCAAAGCCACAUCCAGUCAUCUCUCCAACAAUCAAUCCCCUUUACCCCUUCUCCAACACUGGUCAGAUUUGACUUUUCUCAGCUAUCAACUCCUUGCGUCCGCGCAGAGUAAUAGCUCUCCUCUUCCUCCUUCUUCUUCUUCUGCAUCACCUUCUUCCUCCAACUCCUCCUCCACCCCACCCCUCCCCCUCCAAUACAUCUUCAUCCGCGGCAUCACCAACCGCGCAACUCAACAAAUCAUCCUCGCAGCUUUACAACAUGAUGGAUAUUUUCAAUCCCCAAACCUUCCAGACACAACAGUAAAAACCAAAACAAACACGAAAACAAUUCUUCCCUGGCCCCAUUUCUGGACUUUUACACCUCACAAUCCCAACCACAUCAACAACAACAACAACAGUGCGAAUAAAAAGAAUAAUCGAAAAAAGGGGGGUUCUUCUUCUUCUACUUCACCAUUAUCAGAUCCUUUUCUCGCAAUUCUCGGAACAGAGAAUUUUGCUGGUGUGGCUCCUUUGUUGGCGCAACAUCAUGUUUCUCUUCUCCUUCCUCCCCCUUUUUCACCUUCUUCUUCUUCUUCAUUAGGAUGUAGCAGGGAGAAGCGGAGGAGAUCGAUCAAAAGUAUUCGAAUUUGGGGCGAAGGGGGCAAUUCGCAGAUUUUGCAUGGGAUGGUGGAGGUUGGAUGGGAGUGA